AUGUGGUUUAAAAAAUCGAAGCCAUCGAAGUCAAAUACUCUGCUUAACAAGCCUGGCAGUACUCCACGAGCUCAGAGUCCAGUAAGACAACCGAAAGAACUUGCAGAACAGUCAACGUCGAGUGGAGUUAGUGAGCACCAGUCAGAUGAAACGAAACCAGCACAGAGGAGCAAGAAGAAGACUUUUCGUUCCAAAUUGAAUAGAGAAGAUGGGUAGGUAUAUUUAUUUGUGUAAAUUUUACGAAAUGCUGUCUUCUUCUACCUAAUUUUACACUUUUGCUAUAGGAGUGAGGAUGGAGGUGCAUCACAACAAACUCAAGAAGAAAACCAGAAUUCUGCAGUUUCUGAUCUGUUUGCUAAAUUGGGAAAGAGGAAGUCGAGACGGCCAAAGAAGGGUUCUACAGAAAGUGCAGACCACAAGGAAGAAAAGAGUAGAGGCAGCAAAGAAACUGUGAAAGGAAAGGAGAACGACACAAACCGGGAGAAGACAAAGUACGAUCCCAAGGUACAGGAGGCCGAGAUCGAGAGAUUGGCCACCAAGAAAUGGUACAAUUCAAUAAUUUUUUGUCAGCAUUUUAUUUUUUUAGCUCAUUUUUAAAAAGAAUUGUUUAGUUUUUACUUGGAAAAAUUAAAAAAUAUUUUAAUAUUGUUAAAGGUACCACGGACUGAUGCCUCGUGAUGAGAUCGAGGAGAUGCUCAGGGAUGAUGGGGACUUUUGUGUGCGUACUAGUGAUGUUGGACAUAACACUCGUUUUAUCAUGUCCAUCAUGUGGAAGAACAAAGCCCGCCACAUGGUUAUUGGUAUGAAUACGAAGAAGGAAUGGUACCUGAAGACGGAGCAAGGCUUUGCUACUAUUGACGAACUAAUUGUGUCUUUUAUAGUAAGUUCUAUUGACGAUAUAGUAUGUACAGUGUUUAUGUAAGAAUCUUGUGGUAAGGAACUACUUUUUUACAAAUUUAUUGAUUUAAACGUAUUUUAUCAUUGGUUUCAGGCUAACAAGACUGUCUUGCACAAAGAAGGCACGAUGCUCAAGAGACCAAUCCUGCGACCAUCGUGGUACAUUCUGCAUGAUUCGAUCAAGCUGUUCAAGAAGGUUGGGGGAGGAUCUUUCGGGGAUGUGUUCAUGGCAGAGUUACAGUUGGAGAACAAAGUAAUUGAUGUGGCCGUGAAGAUACUGAAGGGAGAGAUGGGGAAGAAGGAGAGGUCAGCUUUCAUGAAGGAGGCUUCAAUCAACAGAAAGUUUAACCAUCCCAACAUUGUGAGACUGCUGGGAGUCGCUGUUCAACUGGAACCUAUGAUGGUAGUGCUGGAGCUGGCUCCAAAUGGGUCUUUGAGGACAUUUGUGAAAACCAAAACUGAUCUAACUGUAUCUCAACUGACCUAGUAGGUGUUUUAUUACAUCUUUUUAUGAUUUUUUAUUAUUAAUAAGAUACUAAGUGUUAUGAUACUAUAUUUUAAUGUAUAUUUUGUUUUAGUUACUUGUACAAUGCUGCUAAAGGUUUGGCUUACUUGGCAGAACUCGGAGUGAUUCAUCGUGACAUUGCAGCCCGGAAUUGUUUGUUGUCAGAUGAUUACACUGUUAAGAUAAGUGACUUUGGACUUUCGGUAGCUCAAUCAAAUCUCAAGGAGAACAAGUAUGUUUAGUUUUUGUAUUUUUAUUUUGCCUUAACUUGUUUAAAUUUUUUUGCUUUAGGCUGGUGAAGAUGCCUGUUAGAUGGCUUGCACCGGAGACUUUGAUAUCACGUACUUUCAGUCUUAAGACUGAUGUUUGGAGUUACGGUAAGUGCAAGCUGAGUAAUGUUUUGUUUAUGGUACAGUAACCUUUGUACUGUUAUUUGUUUUAUGAAUAUCAAGAUUAUGUGAUGUAUUUUAAAACUAAAAGUAAUCCGUUUUCAGGUGUGAUGGUAUGGGAAGUGUACUCUCGCUGUAAAACGGAUCCUUGGCCAGGAAAGACCAACGCCGAAGCCAGAGCAGCUAUCACAAAUGGCCAAACGAUGGAAAUGCCUUCAGAAGCUCCAGACUACGGCGUUCAUGUUAUGAAAGAGUGUUGGAUUCAAAAGCCCGAAGACAGAAUCACGAUGGCCAAAGUCGUCAGAGAACUCAAAAAGAUUGUCGAAGACUGA